CGGAUACUUUCCACCUUAUUUUGCAAUGUGGAAUAAUCUGUGCACCCCUUAUACACGUGGUCCAAGACAUUUGAGAGCAUUUCCUCCUCCGUCUAUGAUAAUAUGAGGGCAGAAAGCAGAAGAUGAGCAGUUGAGCUGCUGUGCUUCAGUGAAAACCUCAUACAGGACACAUAAGCAGAGCAAACGCAAUGGCCGCGUACGAGAAGGCAAACAUAUUCUACAUUUCAAUCUGGUUUUGGCUCACUUUAGGUGUUGAAUGCUUUAGCGGUUGGUCAAAUCAUAUUGUAACUAUUAAGACUGGAGGAUCUGUCACCAUCCCAUGUCAUUAUGAUGAGAAAAACCCACCGCAGAAGAAAUACUGGCACUCAGAUAUUGAUCAAUCUAAUACAUACACAAACACAACAGAGGAGAAUCUGUCAGUAAUUGAUCAUCCUGAUCAGAGUCUCUUUACUCUGACUAUGAAAAACCUACAGAACAAACACACUGGAUUCUAUUAUUGUUUAGUGGAGACUGAUGGACAGCUGAGUGCUAGAUUUCAACUUUAUAUCCAGGUUCAGUCUGCUCCUGGUGUGUCUGUGAAGAGCAGCAGUGUAUCUGGACAUGAAGGUGAUAAUGUCAGUGUCCAGUGUUUCUACAAUUCUGGAUAUCAGAAUAAACACAAACAGUGGUGCAGAAUUAAAGAUCAGAGCUGUUACACAGUGGGGAGGAAUGACACAUCCCAGAAUUCAUCAGUCCAGAUCAGUGAUGAUGGGAGAAGCUCCUUCACUGUGUUGAUGACUGGACUGAGACUCAGUGAUUCUGGAUGGUACUUCUGCUCUGCUGGAGAGGCACUGAAUCCUGUUCAACUCACUGUAACCGAGGCAGAACCAGACACCGGCACUGAGAAGGACAAAUGGCGUUUCUGUCUGUCACAAAACUAGAGUUUUCUCCACAUUGAGCUGAAAGAAAACUGCUUUUGCUUUACACAUUCAGAUC